AUGGUGAGCGUCUGGAGGGCAUCGGGUGCGCGGCUGGUCACGAUUCCCCUGGAGGAGUUGUCGGAUGUCCUGACGUUAAAGAGGUAUCUACAAGGGAUCUGUGGGCUGCCGCGAUUCCAGCAGAGGCUCCUUCAUGACGGCAUGGAUUUGAAGGACAGUUUCAAGUUCCACUCGCCCAUGGACGUGCAGUUGGUCCUGCUGCCCCUGUCGGAUGCAUCAGAAUCAGAGAGGCGAGAGCUUUUGGAUGCAGUUGGAAGCGUACAGGUGCUGGAAAUCGAGAAGAUCUUGCAGCGGCCACAAGAUCCAAACCUCGCCGACUUCAGUGGAAACACGCCACUCGCUCGGGCAGCCAUGCAAGGUAACCUGGACAUUAUGCGUUUACUGCUAGAAGCCAGUGCUUCGACCAAUGCUUUAUCUGGCCCACCCGACUGGACUCCUCUUCAUUCUGCUUCACUGAACGGUCAUGUCGAGGGUGUGUCCUUGUUGCUGCAGUUUCGGGCCGACAUGAACUUGCGGAUACGCAAUGGUGCUACAGCUCUUCAUGUUGCUUCAGUCCUGGGCCAACCUGAGAUUGCAAGCCUUUUGCUCGAGGCUGGGGCACCGAAGAACUCGCAGCUGGACAACGGCAUGACGCCACUCCACGUAGCUUCAGCUCAUGGACACUCAGAGGUGGUCCGUGUGCUCCUGAAAGCCCGGGUGGACCUGACUUCAAACCAACGCAAAGGCAGGACAGCCCUCCAUUCGGCGGCCAAGAAGGGCCAUGUUCUAGUUGUGCAAAUGUUGCUGGAGGCCGGAUUUGAGAAGGAGGUGCCGCAGAAAGACGGUUCCACGGCUCUCCACAUCGCCUCGAAGCACGGCCAGGCUGAGGUGGUUCGACUGCUUUUGGGACUCCGGGCCCACCCGAACUUGCGCCAGCUGGCGGGCAAGACGGCGCUCCAUUUCGCCUCACGGCGCGGCCAUGUGGACGUGGCGCGCUCGCUGCUGGAGGCGGGCUCCGAGAAAGAAGGCGUCCUAGCGGCCUCGGCAGCAGGUCACGUGGAGGUGGUACGUUUGCUGUACGAGUUCAAGGCAGAUGAGCGCCUCCGACCCACUGGGGUGGUGGCUCUUCAACUGGCCUAUCUGGUGAAAGCUGCCAAGAAGUACUGCUCGUGCUGCUGGCCCUCAAUUUUGCCGAGUCGGAGGAGAAGGGGUCGGAUAAGGAGGGCUUGA